GCUCCGUUUCUGCCGAAACCGGUUCUGCUUACUCGGGAACGGGGCUCCCUUCCCUAGACUUGCGGAACCACCUUCAGGUGACUCCCCCUCAAGUUCCUGCAGCAGCUCCAGGACAUGGGGUGACCCUGGUCAGGAUUAGUUCACCACACAGGACGCGCCUGUGUUCCCCCAGAGCAGCGUGGCACCCAAGGGCAGGGCCUCUCCUGCCCCUACAACAAGGGGUUCCGUAGAGAGCUUGCGUCGGCGGGGAGAGAGGGGGCGCCUGGAGAAGCACGGCUGUGUGCCCUUGUCGAAGUCACUUCCCGCUCUGGUCCUCAGUUUCCACUUCCGUAAAAUUGGCCACGAUCCCUUGUGGGCCAGCCAAUCGCAGCGGGAUUAGACUCAAACGCUUGCUUACCCCACCCCGUCGGCGAGCCUGUGCCCGGGGUCUGGGAGGCCGGGAGGCCGCGGGGCUCCGGGCCUGCGGCUGCCACGCCCCUCGCCGCCCGCCGCGCCGCACUCUCGGCCCGCGGGCGGACUUCGCGAACCUCGGGGGGGCCGGCCCGGCGGGCUUAGCCCACGCGGCGCCCCAGCCGUCUAGCGUGUGACUCCACCGGCGUCCCGGGCCGACCGAGCGUCCGGGAGCCGGGCCGCCGCCCACUCCCCCGUCGGCAGGUGUCAGGACCCAGCCUAGCCCAGACGCGUGGCAUCCGCGGGCCGGAAGGGGUUAAGGCCGCGGGCCCGGGCGCCUGCCCCGGGCUCCCGGGGCGGUGGUGCCCGGGGGCCGGUGAUCCAGCCCGGAGGCGCGGGGCAGGGCAGCGGGCGGGCGUGCGCUUCCUCCUCCUCCGCCCCCCGCCUCCUCCUUUGUAGCGAGUUCCCGGCCCCUCUUCCUACCCCCGCCCCCCAGCCCGGGCCCUCUCCUCCUCUCCCUUUCUUCCUGCCUCGCCUUCCUGCGGCGAAGAAGGCUCAUCUAUUAUAAAUGCACAUUCGGGGCUGACAUCAGCAGCGAGCGGCGGGCGAGCGCCGACGAGCGGUCCCUGCGCGCUGCCCGCCCGGAGCGCGGCCCCAGGCUCGGCCCAGCCUCGGGCGGAACGCGGGGAGCGCGCCCUGCUGCACCGGACCCUGUUCCCGCUCUGCCUUGGGCCCCCGGCGGACCCCGGCUACCGCCCCCGCACCGCCCCGGAGUUUCUGCAUGACUGUCACAAAGAUGUCCUGGCGUCCACAAUACCGCAGCUCUAAGUUCCGGAACGUCUAUGGGAAGGUGGCAAACCGGGAGCACUGCUUUGAUGGGAUCCCGAUUACCAAGAACGUGCACGAUAACCAUUUCUGUGCCGUCAACGCCCGCUUCCUGGCCAUUGUCACCGAGAGCGCGGGAGGUGGCUCCUUCCUCGUCAUCCCCCUGGAGCAGACAGGCAGAAUUGAGCCCAACUACCCCAAGGUCUGUGGUCACCAGGGCAACGUGCUGGACAUCAAGUGGAACCCCUUCAUUGACAACAUCAUUGCCUCAUGCUCGGAGGACACAUCGGUGCGGAUCUGGGAGAUCCCCGAGGGGGGGCUGAAGCGGAACAUGACAGAGGCCCUGCUGGAGCUGCACGGGCACAGCCGGCGCGUGGGGCUGGUCGAGUGGCACCCCACCACCAACAACAUCCUAUUCAGCGCCGGCUAUGACUACAAGGUCCUCAUCUGGAACCUGGAUGUGGGUGAGCCAGUGAAGAUGAUCGACUGCCACUUGGACGUGAUCCUCUGCAUGUCCUUCAACACCGACGGCAGCCUGCUCACCACCACGUGCAAGGACAAGAAGCUGCGUGUGAUCGAGCCCCGCUCCGGCCGUGUUCUGCAGGAGGCAAACUGCAAAAACCACAGAGUGAACCGGGUGGUGUUCCUGGGAAACAUGAAGUGGCUCCUCACAACAGGGGUCUCCAGGUGGAACACGAGACAGAUCGCCCUCUGGGACCAGGAGGACCUAUCCAUGCCUCUGAUCGAAGAGGAAAUUGAUGGGCUCUCCGGCCUCCUGUUCCCCUUCUACGAUGCUGACACUCAUAUGCUUUACCUGGCUGGAAAGGGAGAUGGAAACAUCCGGUACUAUGAGAUCAGCAGUGAGAAGCCCUUCCUGAGCUACCUCAUGGAGUUCCGCUCCCCAGCCCCACAGAAGGGCCUCGGGGUCAUGCCCAAGCACGGGCUGGACGUGUCAGCCUGUGAGGUGUUCCGCUUCUACAAGCUGGUGACUCUCAAGGGUCUGAUUGAACCCAUCUCCAUGAUCGUGCCCCGGAGGUCGGAUUCCUACCAGGAAGACAUUUACCCCAUGACGCCAGGCACGGAGCCAGCUCUGACCCCCGAUGAAUGGCUGGGAGGCAUCAACCGAGAUCCUGUGCUGAUGUCUUUGAAAGAAGGCUAUAAGAAGUCCUCAAAAAUGGUGUUUAAGGCUCCCAUCAAAGAAAAGAAGAGUGUUGUGGUCAAUGGAAUAGAUUUAUUAGAAAAUGUCCCCCCCAGAACAGAGAAUGAGCUUCUCCGGAUGUUCUUCCGGCAGCAGGACGAGAUCCGGCGGCUGAAGGAGGCGCUCGCCCAGAGGGACCUCCGCGUCCGGCAGCUGCAGCUGGAGCUGAAAAACUUGCGCAACAGCCCCAAGAACUGUUAGCUCCUUUGUGGGGCUGAUUUCUCAGCUGAUUGCUCUGUUGUUUGUACUCGUCCCCUAACUGCCCCCAUCCGGCGACCCCAGAGACAGAGCCGGGACUGGACAGAGCCUGAGGACCCUGCCUGCCGCCUCCAGAACUGGAAGCUGACCUUUGACCUGUUGACCUCAUGCUAAUAAAAGUCUUCAGCCUCUGCCGGAGACCCACUGCUGGCAGCCCCUUUCCCUGCCACCCAGGGACCUUGACUUCCCCUCAGCUGGGCCGAGACCACAGACUCCCUGAGGGGUGCCCUCAACAGAUCAGGGAGCAGAGGGGCAGGCCAGGCCCACAGUUGACUUAGACUUGAACUUCUCCCCUGUGAAAGGGGCUGCGGGGACAUCUCAGUGCUCCGUGCUGGGGCUCACAGCACUCCUAACGGACCGCAGGAAGGGCAGGAUUGCAGGCCUUGGCCGACCCUCCCUCCCCACCGCCCUCUGCCCCCUGGGCAGUCCUGGAAGCCCCAUCCACCAGACAGGGUUGCAAGCAGCCCAGCCCCCUCUGUCUCUUGCCCCCUCUCUCUCGUCUUCAGGGAAUUAAGAGGAUUGCUCGUCAAGGCCAUAAUCACUCCUUGCCUUCCCAUGAUUCUCUUCAAAGCUCUUGCAACCCCCUUUUCCCAUUUAAUUUGUGAGGCAGGCAGGGUAGGGAAUAGUGUUCCCGUUUUACAAAUCACAGAACUGAGGGUUGCAAUGGAGAAGUGACUUACUGGGUCGCCCAGCAGGCCAGCAGUGGAGCCAGGACCAGGACUGGGGUGUCCAGACCCCAGGGCAGCCCCUUCUAACUGCAUCAAGAUGCCAGUCCCAUGGGGGCUUCACCAGUGCCCGAGUCUCUGUGGAGAAUGAGAACUGGAAGCCACUUCCACCACCCGCCAAUACCAGCAGUGCCAACGUGUCACAUGCCCAGUUGAGGCCCCUUACGCUCAGUGCCCCUACCUCUUCCUGGCCCCACCCUCUGCUCUCGCCCCCCAGGGGACUCCCUCUGAGAUGAGGCCUCUUCCUCCUGGAGGCUGAGGCUGAGAGGAGUGGAGCAGAGCCCCGGGGAAGACCGAGCAGGGUCUGAUUGCUCUGAGGGGUGCGCUGUGUGCCUCUGCCCACUGCUGUCUCAGCCACUUUCAGCCUUACGCUUGUAGAGUGACCACAGCCCCUCGCGUCGGUAUAGCCCUUUAAAGUUUACACAGUUCUUUGGCACUUAGGAUCUCAUCUGAGCCUCACAUCCCUUCCAGAAGGUAGGGAGCAUUCUUUCCAUGUUGCAGAUGAGGAAACUGAGAAGUGGCCAAAGGUCACAGGACUCUUGGAGAUGCCACAUUUCAGUUGGUCUUCUACACAUUUUCUUUUUUGCUUCCUUCUUUUCUCCCUUCAUUUCCCACUAUCCACAGAUUCCAUAAACACUGCUCUUCUCAGAAGAGUCACAGUUUGGGGGUGAGAUCUGGCCUGGGGAUCAAGAAAUGGGUGUCUGCUCUUCUCUCUCUCUUAGCCAGGAUCUACUAGAUGCGUUACUUUCCAUACCUGCUUUUCUCAUGGCCACGGUGCAGAACAUCCAUCCACAGAGGUCCCACCUCCCUAAGGCCCUCCAGGUGACCUGGGCAGGGAAAGCCUCCCCAGCCCCCGGGGUUUUCCUCCAAGACCCUUCCCCCCGGUCCAGCCAAAGCAGGGUCUCCUCACCACCAACCCCCCGCAGCUAGACACCGUCAGCUCUCAUCUCUUCUCCACACUUCUUGAGCUUUUCUUUCUUCCCCAUUGACCUUUGCGGUCUUCUGUGAUUAUUUAUGCUGCCUCCCAAGGAAAGAAUUGAAAUAAAAUGUUUUCAACUUGUCAAA